CCGGCGUCAUUUUUGCACCGCCUCUUCCCCGCUGGUGCGUUCCUUCGCCUCGCGCCUCUCCGCCGCUCUCGACGACGGCUCGCGCUAUGGACCCAGACCCGGCAGACCCCGGGGAUAGCACCUUGGUCAGCGAGCCUGCCGAGAGGAGCACGCCGCGAGCCGCCCUUGUCGAUGCGCUCUUUAAUGAGGAUGUCGAGCGGUGCCGCCAACUUCUCGAUGCACAUCCUGAGCUCGUCAACACACCUCUGCGACACCAGGCUCAUCACCGACUAGGAAAAUACGACUCCGCCUGGGUCUACACCUGGCUGUACACCGACCAAAGAGCCUACCAAAGCGUGACACCCGUGGUAUUCGCAUCCCUGGUCCCGCGAUUUCGAGAGAAGCGUCUCGAUUACCGCGCGCUUUCGGCCUCGGGCCUCGCCAUCCUCGAACUGCUCGUCGAGCGCGGGGCGGCACUGGAAAGGAGGCCCGAGGCAGAUGAGUGGACUUCUUAUCUCCUUAUCGAGAUCUGUCGAGAUUACGACAGCCCGGAGACCCUGAGACUCCUUGUCCGCAUCGGCGCCGACAUACACACCAGACGACUGGACGACCACGGCCGCCCUCUACUACAGGUCGCUGCGGGCAGAGGUGCGGCGGGAGCUGUCGCCUUUCUCCUUGACAGGGGAGUCCCCAUGAACUACACCAGGGGCCACGACGGCAGCCAUGUCAACGGAACACCGCUCCACUCGGCGGCCGUAAAUGGGCGGCACCAAGUCGCUAGACUCCUCCUGAGCCGAGGGGCUCUGUCGGACAUGGAAAAGAUGGACUGGGCGGGCCGUACCCCGCUUCUCUGUGCCGCCAGUGGUACCCCAUUGUUCUGCCAAGACGCAGAUGCACUUCCCUCGCGCCACCUCGACCAGGAGGAGACGAUCCGCCUCCUCGUCGACGCUGGAGCUGACCUGACAGCAUCGGACCGACGAGACCUCAGCUGGAGUUCUAUUCAUGGCGAACGCGAUCCCUUCCCCGACUCGCCGCUGAGCCACGUCUCGACUUGGGGCGGCGCCGAUAUUGUUCGCUAUCUGGCAGGCAAGGGAUCCGACAUCCAUCAACGACGGUCAUACCCUGAGGAUGUGAAUUUUCCCUUUGGUGUGGGGGGCGACCAGGCGACACCUCUGCAUAGGGCGGCGCACAGUUGGAACGCAGCUGCCAUCCAAGCUCUCCUGGACCUUGGCGCCGACCCGGACGCCACGGAUGAACAUGGGCGACAGCCCUUGCACUGGGCAGCUAUCGGGCGGUGUCUGGAGCACUACCGCAAGUCCAGACGCAUCUCCCAGGACUGGAGCGCACUCCGGGCCGAGUCUCGGAGCUCGGCGCACUCAGCAAGGCUGGCUGCGCUUGAAUCGAACAUUCUCGCAACUGACGCCUUCGGCCGGACCCCGCUCCAUUACGCCGCCUCUAUAAAGCAGAUCGGCGCCGUCGCGCUCCUCGCCCAGAAGGGCGCCGAUCUCUGCCUGGCCGACAACGAUGGACGCACCGCGCUCCACCAUCUCGCGGAUCCUCUGCACGACCGUGACCCUCGCAUCCGUGACCCGGUCGACGACGAGCUCGAGAACGAACACCUCGGCGCUCUCUUCCUCUGCCUCGGCACCGAUCCCAACCUGCCCGACGGGGAGGCUUCAACGCCGCUGCAUCUCGCCGCCCGGAUGGCCUACUGGGUCUCGCUCGGCACGUACGCGCCGUUCGAGUACUCCGCGUGGAGCAGGCGGGCCGCGCGCAUCAAGGAGCUGCUCUUGGGCGCCGGGGCGGACGCGACCGCGCGCGAUGCCCAGGGGCGGACGGCAGCCGAGAUUGAGGAGGCUACGAGCCGGGAGUUGCGCCGGGGGCGGGAGAAGUACUUGGAGGAUCUGGCGAGGCCUCGACCGGAUUACGGCCGAGGCCGCCCGGGCGGUUUGGGGCGGGGAUGGUGGCGAGCCGCUCCUGCUCCCGCUUCUUGGGAGGACGGCGGAGUGGACAUCUCUUCUGGUGCCGGACAUGGGAGAGGAGGGUGA